GGGAGGGGGGGCUGGGGCGCGCAGGCGCACGGUGACGCGGUGCCCUCCCUCUGACGUACUGGUCACGAGCGCCAUGGCGGAAGUACACAAGGAUCCAAAGAAUUCUGAGGAGUCCACAGACGAAUCUGAAGAGGAAGAAAGUGAAGAGGAGCCAAAGCUAAAGUAUGAAAGACUGGCUAAUGGAGUCACAGAAAUUUUGAAGAAAGAUGCAGCAAGUUGCAUGACUGUCCAUGAUAAGUUUUUAGCACUGGGGACACAUCAAGGCAAGGUCUACUUACUGGACAUUCAAGGAAACAAGACCCAACAAUUUGAUAUUAGCUCUGUGAAGGUGAAUCAGAUAAGCCUGGAUGAAAGUGGGGAGCAUGUUGGUAUCUGUACAGAAGACGGCAAGGUCCAGGUGUUUGGAUUGUACACGAGAGAAGGAUUUCACGAAAACUUUGACUGUCCUAUCAAAAUAGUGGCUCUGAACCCGCAGUUUGGUAGAUCCAGCAGCAAGCAGUUCAUCACAGGAGGGAACAAGUUGCAAUUGUAUGAACGGAAUUGGCUGAGCCGAUGGAAAACCUCUACAUUACAUGAAGGAGAAGGCUCGAUAACCAAUGUCAAAUGGAGAGGAAACCUGAUUGCGUGGUCGAACAGUGUGGGAGUGAAAAUAUACGACACCAGCUCAAAGCAGCGAAUCACAACCGUGGCUCGAGACAAUACAAGCCUCCGUCCUGACAUGUAUCUCUGCAGCCUGUGCUGGAAGGACAAUGUGACGCUCAUUAUUGGCUGGGGAACAUCUGUUAAGGUCUGCGUGGUGAAACAGCGAGAUCCCACUGACGUGAGAGACUUGCCCACUCGUUAUGUUGAAAUAGUUUCUGUCUUUGAGUCAGAGUUUUACAUUAGUGGAAUUGCACCACUUGGUGAGCAUCUGGUCCUCUUGUAUUAUGUGAAGGAGGUGUUUGAACAAGCGGACAAAGAGCAUUGUUCACGACCCCGGCUUGACAUCGUUCAGCAUUUGCCAGAUUCGUAUGAGGAAGUCUCCUCUGAUGCUCUGUCUGUUCGAAGCUUCCAGGAAAAUGAAUGUAGAGAUUACCGUUUAGAGCACUCUGAGGGCGAGUCGCUGUUUUAUAUCAUCAGUCCGAAGGACAUUGUUGUCGCCAAGGAACGGGAUCAAGAUGACCACAUUGAGUGGCUACUUGGAAAAAAGAAGUAUGAAGAGGCUAUGAUGGCUGCUGAAAUCAGUCAGAAGAAUAUAAAAAGGCACAACAUGCUGGAUAUCGGCAGAGCCUAUAUAGACUAUUUAGUGGAGAAAGGAGAUUAUCAUGGAGCCGCAAGGAAAUGUCAGAAAGUACUUGGCAAGAACAUGGAUCUCUGGGAAAAUGAAGUGUACCGAUUUAGAAAGAUGGGGCAGCUCAAGGCAAUCAGUCAGUAUUUACCCAGAGGUGACCUGCGCCUGAGAGCUGCAAUCUAUGAAAUGAUCCUUUAUGAGUUUUUGGAAAGUGAUUAUGAGGGUUUUGCAUCACUGAUCAGAGAAUGGCCGGGCGACCUAUAUAACCACACGGCUGUGGUCCGAACUGUGUUAGAUCAUUUGGACAGGCAUCCAAAUAACAGAACGCUGCUGACAACUCUAGCAGAAUUGUACACAUAUGACCAGCGAUACGAUAAAGCUCUUGAAAUUUACCUAAAGUUACGACAUAAAGAUGCUUUCCAGCUGAUACACAAGCACAAUCUCUUCAGCUCUAUCAAAAAUAAAAUUGUUCUGCUCCUGGAGUUCGAUACGGAGAAAGCAGUGAACAUGCUUCUGGACAAUGAAGAUAAAAUUUCGAUUGAUAAAGUUGUUGAAGAACUGAAGGACCAACCAGAACUACAGCAUAAGUAUCUGCAUAACCUGUUUAAGCGAGAUCACCAUAAGGGACAGAAGUAUCAUGAGCUACAGAUCAGCCUGUUCGCUGAAUACGAUCGAAAAAAUCUGCUUCCGUUCCUGCGAAACAGCACCCAUUGCCCGCUGGAGAAGGCUCUCGAAAUUUGCCAGGAGCGGAAUUUUGUUGAAGAAACCGUAUUUUUACUAAGCAGGAUGGGUAAUAGCCGCCGUGCGCUACAGAUGAUAACUGAGGAGCUCCAGGAUGUGGACAAGGCCAUUGAGUUUGCUAAAGAACAGGACGAUGCUGAACUCUGGGAGGACCUGAUCUCUUAUUCCAUCGACAAGCCACCCUUUAUAACUGGAUUGUUGAACAACAUCGGCACCCAUGUUGAUCCAAUCCUGUUGAUCCACCGAAUAAAGGAAGGCAUGGAGAUCCCUAACCUGAGAGACUCGCUGGUGAAGAUUCUGCAGGACUAUAACUUGCAGAUUUUAUUGCGAGAAGGAUGCAAGAAGAUUCUAGUUUCGGACUGUUUGGCUUUAUUGAAAAGAAUGCAUAAAACUCAGCAGAAAGGUGUCCAUGUUAAUGAAGAGAACAUUUGUGAAUCCUGCCACGCUCCCAUUCUGCCUGCCGAUGUUGCCAAGAUGUUCAGUGUGGUAGUUUUCCACUGCAGGCACAUGUUUCACAAAGAAUGCCUUCCCACACCUGGCAUGUUUUGUAACAUAUGCAGUGCCAAACGCCGAGGGCCUGGCAGUGGACUGAGUGAGCUGAAGAAGUGAGGAUGCACUUUGAAUGAAUGCUGCAUCGUCUGUGGUGAUUGAGAGAAUUAUCUGACUAAUCCUGGGCUGUCGGAGGAUUUUAUUGUAAGAAGUCCAACAUUGGCUUGGUGCUUUAAAGCUUGUGAAUGUUUGUCAAAUGGUCUAUCUUAAUAAGAUUACUUCGCAACCACUGAACCUUUUCCAAACAUAACUUGUUUAAAACUGCGUUUGAAUGUAGCUGAAAUAAAGUAGAUGGAUCUCUGUU